UCCUCAAUUCCGGCUAAAUUAUUCUCGAGGGUGUUUUUAUUAUCUUUUUGCCACAUUUCAGAGAUAAGAAUUGCUCUCCAAUUAAUAAGCUAAUAUCAAGAUAAAAAUGUCUGUCUCAACCAGCUGUGUUACACUAAGCAAUGGGCUAAAAAUGCCUUUAGUUGGACUUGGUACAUGGAAAUCCAAGACGGGUGAGGUGGCGAUGGCAGUCGAAACGGCGAUUAAAGCUGGAUAUAGACAUAUUGUAUUUCAGGCUGGAUAUAAACAUAUUGUAUUUCAGGCUGGAUAUAGACAUAUUGGAUUUCAGGCUGGAUUUAAACAUAUUGUAUUUCAGGUUGGAUAUAAAUAUAUUGUAUUUCAGGUUGGAUAUAAACAUAUUGUAUUUCAGGCUGGAUAUAGACAUAUUGUAUUUCAGGCUAGAUAUAGACAUAUCGUAUUUCAGGCUGGAUAUAGACAUAUUGAUUGCGCUGCAGUUUAUGGGAACGAAGUUGAGGUAGGAGCUGGUAUUAAAGCUGGUGGUGUAGCUCGGGAUCAACUGUUUAUUACAAGCAAACUUUGGAACACUAAACAUCAUCCAGAGGAUGUCGAGGCUGCCUGCCGUGCUACCCUCAGCGACCUUGGUCUCGAGUACUUAGACCUCUACCUCAUUCAUUGGCCAACAGCUUUCCAAAGGGGAGACGAUAAGUUUCCAAAGAAUGAGGAUGGAACAUUGAAGUACGAUGAUAUAAGUCCGGUCGAAUCCCACCCUUAUCUAAAUCAAUCCCGCCUACUGGAGUUCUGCAAGGAGCGCGGCAUCUAUCUGACCGCCUACUCUCCCCUCGGCUCACCAGACCGCCCCUGGGCUAAACCAGAUGAACCGAAACUUCUGGAUGAUUUAAAGAUUUCAAAGAUGGCGGAAAAAUAUAAAAAAUCUCCCGCUCAAAUUGUUCUUGGCUGGCAG